AUGUUACGGAAAUCAUUAGGAUCGAACAUAAACGCUAUAAUUUUAUUUUUCUCUAAAUUUUAUGUAAUAAACUUUAAACCAAAAGGAUUUACCCUAAAGACUGUGCAUAGAAAAUAUGACAAAGGUUAUAAAAACAGCGAAACCUGCCAAACUAUUAUAUCCAAAGCGUUGGAGAGUGAUGAUGUUCUUAGUGUUUCGAAAACACCUAUACUAAUGAGUUUGUGUAUUUCUUCGCAUAAUCUUAAUUUAAAAGAAUAUAUUCUUCCGCCUUUGUUAAUUCAAGAAUGUUUUAUGAGAGAAAAAUUCAAUAAUAAUAUAUCAGAAUGCUCUACAAACAAGGAUCAUAUUACAUCGUUAUUAAAACAAUGGAUAAAAGAUAAAACUCAGUAUAUUAUAAUCCAUAAUGGAGCUCUUCAUAAUACUAAUAUUUUAUCUCCAACGAAAAUUGUUUUUUCUGUUUGUAUAUUCCUAACGACAAUUGUUCUUCUCAUCUUUUUUAUUAUAUAUAACAUUUCCAAAAUUAAUAAAUUUAUAAAUAUUACAUAUUAUAGAAGAAACUUAAUGAGAAAAAUUUUACAUCACAUUCAUCAUUUUAGAACUAGACAAGAUUUUCCAUCAUGUUCAGGAAAAAAUAAGACUGAUAUAAUUUACAUAUCAGAGACAAAUACACAAAUAUAUUAA